ACUGUGGAUGAGGGAAAAGUGCUGUUUACACACACACACACACACACACUCGCAGAUGAUGUGCACAGUGACGCGCCCUCACGCACAUUAGCAGUGAGUUCAGGGAAACGCAGCACCCAGUCAAACCGUCAGUGACUCCUCUCAUUCUCCGGGUUCUGCCAGCGCAGACACCAGCCGUGACAGCGGCGGCAGCGGCGUGUGGAGCAGCGCAGUGUGUCAGCUGUUGAGCAGAGCAGAGCACAGUCAUGGUGUCGCCUCUGGACGUUUUCCUUUUCUUCUCUGUCUUUUUUGGAAGGGAAAAUCAGGGCUGAGUCCCGGCACUGACGGCUGGCAUCGUUUCCUGAGGCGUCUUCCUCCCUUUCUCUCAUUUUCUUUCCUUGUGUGUUAAAGUGCCAUUUUUCUCCUCAGUGGAAUCUUUUUUGUGGGGUCUUACUGCUGUAGCAUGGACUUGUGGCGCCGCUGCUGACUCCUUUUAGUGUGUGUGUGUGUCGUGGAGUGUGUCUGAGGAGCGGCACCGCCACAGCCGGAGCACAAACACCCAUGAAAACAAUGAUGUUGCAUCAUGGGAGCUGCUCAGCCAAACUUUGAGCCACUAUUGAAUGUGGGAGCAGCUGAGAGCUGUGGAGGAGGCACCAGGGUCCAGGAGAUAACACACUGAUGUUCUUUGGUGAAUGCUGGACUCGGUGGACGCUCCUCGCCGCCUAAUGAACUGGACCACAGAGCCACGCUGCGUGUUGUUGUGAUGCUUCUUCCUCAUUUACUGUCUGCCCAGUUUUGGUUUCAGCAGCAGCAUCAGCAGCAACAGCAGCAACAUCAGCAUCAGCAGCCUAGACUUCUCUGCUUUCUCUUAAUGGCUCGCUUCGAAGACGAACUGUCCAGCCGUUAUGGAGGCAGCUGUGCCUCGGGCCCGGCCCGAGGGGCCACCCGGCAGCAGGGGGCACCGGGGGUUCAGAGAAUGUACAAGCAGACGAUGGCCCAGAGAGCCCGGACCAUGGCCAUCUACAACCCCAUUCCUGUCAAACAGAGCUGCCUCACUGUCAACCGCUCUCUGUUCAUCUUCAGCGAGGACAACAUCAUACGGAAAUAUGCCAAAAAGAUCACUGAAUGGCCUCCAUUUGAGUACAUGAUCCUGGCCACUAUCAUAGCAAACUGCAUCGUGCUGGCUUUGGAGCAACACCUUCCAGCUUUGGACAAGACGCCUAUGUCUGAGCGUUUGGAUGACACAGAGCCCUACUUUAUUGGAAUAUUUUGUUUUGAGGCUGGUAUCAAAAUCAUCGCCCUGGGCUUUGCCUUUCACAAAGGCUCCUACCUACGUAAUGGCUGGAAUGUAAUGGACUUUGUGGUGGUCCUAACAGGGAUCCUGGCUACUGUAGGGGCUGAUUUUGAUCUGAGAACACUGAGGGCAGUCAGAGUUCUGCGUCCACUAAAACUGGUCUCUGGUAUUCCAAGUCUUCAGGUGGUGUUGAAGUCCAUCAUGAAAGCCAUGGUACCUCUGCUGCAGAUCGGCCUGCUGCUCUUCUUUGCUAUCCUCAUGUUUGCUAUCAUUGGCCUUGACUUCUACAUGGGAAAAUUCCAUCGCACCUGCUUCAGGACAGACACAGGUGAGCAGACGGCCGAGUUCCCCUGUGGCUUGGAAGCUCCAGCACGGACCUGCGGGAAUGGCACCGCCUGUAGGGAAUAUUGGAUUGGACCCAAUUUUGGAAUCACCAACUUUGACAACAUCCUCUUUGCUAUUCUCACCGUUUUCCAGUGCAUCACCAUGGAGGGAUGGGUGGACAUACUGUACAACGCCAACGAUGCCUCAGGGAACACAUGGAACUGGCUGUACUUCAUCCCACUCAUCAUCAUCGGCUCCUUCUUCAUGCUCAACCUGGUGCUCGGCGUGUUGUCAGGGGAGUUUGCCAAGGAGAGAGAACGAGUGGAGAAGAGACAAGAAUUCCUGAAGCUCCGUAGACAACAGCAAAUAGAGAGAGAAUUGACUGGAUACCUAGAGUGGAUCUGCAAAGCAGAGGAGGUGAUGUUGGCUGAGGAAGAUAAAAACGCAGAGGAGAAAUCGAUGGAUGGUGCCUGGUACAAAAGGAAACAUAACAACUCAGUGCUAAAAAGGACAAAGAAGAGCAAAAAUGACCUCAUCAAUGCAGAGGAGGGUGAGGACCACUUCACGGACAUCUCAUCUGUUGCCCCCCCAGGGUCGCCAUUUGCUCGGGCCAGCGUGAAGAGCAAGAACGACAAUUCGUCCUACUUCAGGAGGAAAGAGAAGAGGAUACGCUUCACCAUCCGUCGUCUGGUCAAGUCCCAGAGCUUCUACUGGACUGUGUUGUGUCUGGUUGGCCUCAACACACUGUGUGUGGCCAUAGUGCACUAUGACCAGCCUGAGUGGCUCACCUACGCCCUGUACCUGGCUGAGUUUGUAUUCCUGGGCCUUUUUUUAGUGGAGAUGUCUAUGAAAAUGUAUGGGCUUGGACCCCAGAAUUACUUCCACUCCUCAUUCAACUGUUUCGACUUCGGGGUGAUAAUUGGCAGUAUUUUUGAAGUGAUCUGGGCUGCAAUCAAACCAGGGGCUUCAUUUGGGAUUAGUGUCCUCAGAGCUCUGAGACUGCUCAGGAUCUUCAAAGUCACCAAAUACUGGAACUCUUUAAGGAGCUUGGUAGUGUCCCGGCUGAGCUCCAUGAAGUCUAUCAUCAGCCUGUUGUUCCUCCUCUUCCUCUUCAUUGUGGUCUUCGCCCUGUUGGGCAUGCAGCUGUUUGGUGGACAGUUCAAUUUUGAAGACGAGACCCCAACAACUAAUUUUGACACUUUCCCGGCAGCCAUUCUCACCGUCUUCCAGAUCCUCACUGGGGAAGACUGGAACGCUGUCAUGUACCAUGGGAUUGAAUCACAAGGGGGUGUUCAUGGCGGAAUGUUCUCUUCCAUUUACUUCAUUGUUCUCACUCUCUUUGGAAACUACACUCUUCUCAAUGUGUUUUUGGCCAUUGCUGUUGAUAACCUCGCAAAUGCUCAGGAGCUCACUAAGGAUGAAGAGGAACAAGAGGAGGCUAUCAGUAAGAAACUUGCCCUUCAGAAGGCCAAGGAGGUGAAGGAGGUCAGCCCCAUGUCAGCUGCUAACAUUUCCAUCACAGCUUUUCUAACACGCAGUCGAGGUAACGCGCAUUCUAGCAGCUCAUCCAUCUGCAGCGUUAGCUCACUGAGUUAUGUCUGCACCCCAGUCCAUCACUAUUUGAGUAAAGAGCAGCAGAAGUCGAUGAAGACGAUGUCGGUGUGGGAGCAGAGAGCAAACCAACUGAGGAGGCAAAACUGGACCAGCUGUGAGGCUCUGUACAGUGAGCUGGAGCCUGAGGACCGUCUCAGACUGUCUUCCGCCCUUCAAAUCCGACCUGACAUGAAGACCCAUCAUGACCGGCCCCUGCUGGUCGAACCGCACGACGGGCCUGUGCUGGGUGUCCACCAGCACCACCACCAUAAAUCCUGCGUGCCAGAAGAGGCAGAAACCGCAGCCGACCCUGCUGCCACUACUCACCAGCCUCGGCGCCACCACAGAAACAGAGACAGGGAUCGGACCAGGACCAGGGAGGAAUCGAACGACAAUGGUGAAUCUGGGCAUCACCACCACGUGCAUCACAGUCGAUCCAAAGACCAUGACGGCAGCCGUAGCAAAGAGGGGAGAAGUGACAGAUCCCACAGCAGAGAAGGAGGCAGGAAACAUCAUCCUCAGAGCUCGGUGGAUGAAGGCAAAGGAGGGGGAGUCACAGGCGAGAAGGAGCAUCGUCAUCAUCACUCUCACCGACAGUCCAGGGGAGGGAAUGGGACAGUUACCAAUGGAGGGAGGGGGGAAAGAAGAUCCAGGCACAAAGAAGGGUGUUCAUCCAACCGAGAUGGAGAAAGAAGUUCUAGAGGAGAAAAUGGUGCCAAUGGAGAAAAGAGGAGACAUCGGACCCAUGGAUCUAGGGGACAUUCCACUGCUGAGGGAGAUGAGUCCAAUGACAGAGAAAAGACACACAGUCACAAGGAUCGAUUUGGUGACUCAGAGGGGGAGUCAUUGGCCAUCUCUCCCCAGCAGGGCUCAGCGGUCGGCAGUUGGCCAUUGGACCGAGCAGAAGAUUCAGACAACCAGCAUAACGUCAGACGAACUGGGCAAACGUCCAUCAAUAUUCCUCCUGUGACUGUCACCUCCCCGCCUGGAGAGACCACCCUCAUACAAAUGAACAGUAUUGACUGUGAGAUGAUGCCUAUGACUGAGAAGAACCUGGAGGAUCUUGAACAGUGUGGUCCUAGACCCAUCCUGCCUUAUAGUUCUAUGUUCAUCUUUGGACAGACCAAUCCAGUGAGGCGCCUGUGUCACUACAUUGUGACUUUGCGUUACUUUGAGAUGUCCAUUCUAGUUGUCAUUGCUAUGAGCAGCAUCGCCUUAGCAGCAGAAGAUCCAGUUUGGACCAACGCCCCACGCAACAAUGUACUGAAAUAUCUGGAUUAUGCCUUCACUGGUGUUUUCACUUUUGAAAUGGUCAUCAAGAUGGUGGAUCUGGGCCUGCUGCUUCACCCUGGAUCCUACUUCAGAGACCUGUGGAACAUUCUGGACUUCAUAGUGGUCAGUGGGGCGCUGGUGGCUUUUGCAUUUUCGGGGACCAAAGGCAAAGACAUCAGCACCAUCAAAUCCCUGAGGGUUCUCAGGGUUCUCAGGCCACUCAAGACCAUUAAACGACUGCCAAAAUUAAAGGCAGUGUUUGACUGUGUGGUCAAUUCGUUAAAGAACGUGCUGAACAUCCUCAUCGUAUACAUCCUCUUCAUGUUCAUCUUCGCUGUCAUCGCAGUUCAGCUCUUCAAAGGGAAGUUUUUCUACUGCACAGAUGAAUCCAAAGGGCUGCAGAGGGACUGCAAAGGACAGUUCUUGGACUAUGAUAAAGAUGAGGUAUCUGCCAUGCCAAGGGAGUGGAAAAAAUACGAGUUCCACUACGACAAUGUGCUGUGGGCCUUCCUCACUCUCUUCACGGUCUCCACUGGGGAAGGCUGGCCAACAGUAUUGAAGCAUUCUGUCGAUGCCACCUUCGAGGAUCAAGGCCCCAGUCCAGGCUACAGGAUAGAAAUGUCCAUCUUCUAUGUGGUCUACUUCGUGGUCUUCCCUUUCUUCUUUGUUAACAUCUUUGUUGCUUUGAUCAUCAUCACCUUUCAGGAGCAGGGGGACAAGGCUUUGUCUGAGUGCAGCUUAGAGAAGAAUAAGAGAGCCUGCAUCGACUUUGCCAUCAAUGCUAAACCUCUGACGCGCUACAUGCCCGAGAACACGCAGUCCUUUCAGUACAGGAUGUGGAAGUUUGUAGUCUCUGCUCCCUUUGAGUACUCCAUCAUGAUCAUGAUCGCCCUGAACACCGUGGUUCUAAUGAUGAAGUUCCAUGGAGCUCCUGACUUCUAUGAAGCGAUGCUGAAGAAUCUAAACAUUGUCUUCACCACUCUCUUCUCCUUAGAGUGUAUCCUGAAGAUCAUUGCUUUUGGUCCACUCAACUACUUGAAAGACGCCUGGAAUGUGUUUGACUUUGUGACAGUUUUGGGCAGCAUCACAGACAUCCUUGUGACUGAAAUCAACACUACGCAGGACAGACUUCUGAACCUGAGCUUCCUGCGACUGUUCAGAGCUGCUCGCCUCAUCAAGCUCCUCAGGCAGGGCUACACCAUUCGCAUCCUGCUGUGGACCUUUGUUCAGUCCUUCAAGGCGCUGCCAUAUGUUUGCCUGCUCAUCGCCAUGCUCUUCUUCAUUUACGCCAUCAUCGGGAUGCAGGUGUUUGGUAACAUUGACCUAAAUGAGGACACAGCCAUCAAUCACCACAACAACUUCCGUACAUUCCUCCAGGCUCUGAUGCUCCUCUUCAGGAGUGCGACUGGUGAGGCCUGGCAUGAGAUCAUGUUGUCAUGUCUGAGUCAUCGAGCCUGUGAUGAACGUUCAGGGACCCAUGGAAAAGAGUGCGGCAGCGACUUUGCCUACUUCUACUUUGUCUCCUUCAUCUUCCUCUGCUCCUUCCUGAUGCUGAACCUCUUCGUGGCUGUCAUCAUGGAUAAUUUUGAGUACCUUACCAGAGACUCCUCCAUCCUGGGACCUCAUCACCUGGAUGAGUUCAUCCGGGUGUGGGCCGAGUAUGACCCAGCUGCAUGUGGCCGUAUCAAGUACCUCGAUAUGUAUCAGAUGCUGCUCCACAUGUCCCCACCCUUAGGUUUGGGAAAGAAAUGUCCGCCAAGAGUCGCCUACAAGCGUCUGGUUAAAAUGAACAUGCCCAUUGCUGAUGACAACUCUGUUCACUUCACCUCCACCCUGAUGGCUCUGAUCCGCACGGCACUGGAUAUUAAGCUGGGUUCAGGUAUGGUAGCUCAGCGACUGUCUGAUGCUGAGUUAAAGAAGGAGUUGUCCACUGUGUGGCCCAACCUUUCACAAAAGACCAUGGACCUACUGGUGACGCCACACAAACCCAAUGAACUGACUGUGGGGAAGGUUUACGCUGCGCUGAUGAUCUUUGACUACUACAAGCAGAACCGUGCAAGGAGGCUGCAGCUGCAGCAGCAGCAGCAACAGAAUGCAUCAGGCACCCAGUGCAAGGUCGGGGCUCUCUUUAAGCCAUUGCUGCCUCUGACUCAUAUGCAGGAGAAAGACCUGCCUAUGAUGUUAAACAGCGUGGAGCCGCCCAGCAUACUUCAGCCACAGCCCAAAUCUCAUGCAAAGUCCCAGCUGCAGACCAGGCCCAGCUCCAGCUCUCUCAACAAUGGCAGCACGAUGCCAGGUCAGGAUAACAACAUCAAGCCGUCAUCGUCCUGGGUGACAGAGAAACCAAAGGAAGUGUCUCGAGCCAAGAUUAAGAAAAGCCUAUCAAGGGGUCCAUCAGAGGACAACCUAGACACGGCGGCGGUUCAGGAGUCUGUGGAGAUGAGGAAGAUGGAGACCAGUAUCAGCAGUACCAUUCCACUUCCUGGUGCAAGUCUGGAGAACCAGGGCAGAGCUGCUUCCAUGCCUCGACUCACUGCUGAGAUGCAGUGGGGCCAGUCACGACUCUCUACAGGAACCCAUCUGGCUGCUGUCCCUGAUGCAAGUCCGAUGAAGCGUUCCGCCUCCACGGUGGCUCCACAGCGUCCUCAGGAGGUCAAUUUACGGGACUACACCCUGGAAAGACCCAGUCACGAGCGUCCUCACCACCAUCACCAUCACCACCAUCGCUGCCACCACCGCAGGGAGAGAGACAAAGACAGAGAGAAGAGACAGCGGUCUCUGGAUACACCCGUGGGUGGACUGCCAGCAAUCUCUGUUGGUGCACAGGAUGAACCUGUAUCAGAUCCAGCCACCUCCAGAGAGCGAGCCCACGACCGUGGUCGCUCCCAUGAGAGGAAGCACCACCACUCCACGGGGGACAAGCAGCGCUACUACUCCUGCGACCGUUUUUGUGGCCGGGAGCACUGCCACAGCAAAUCUGCCACAGCUAGCUGUGCCGCCUCUCCCAGCGAGGGGCUGGAACUCAACAACAAGCAGGGCAGUGGUUGGGCUAAAGGCAGCCCAGUGGUGCUGAGCUUCAGUUCUAGCACGCCGAGUCGUGGACGACGGCAGCUCCCCCAGACACCCCUCACCCCAAGGCCAGGGGUGGCCUACAAGACUGCCAAUUCCUCCCCUGUGCACUUUGUGUCCAGUCAGGCCUCUCUGAGUCCUGGACGGCUGAGCCGCGGGCUAUCGGAGCACAACGCCCUCCGACACAGCAGCUCACACCACAUCCCUUGCCCCGUCACUCGUAUUAGCUCUGAGCCUUUUCUAGGCCAGGGCCAUAGCGAUGCCCUGGGCAGCCCCUAUAGCAGCCUCCGGGACCAGCUGGACGUCUUCCAGGAUACGGUGUCUCUGUCGCCCAGCCCGUGCACCGGACGCUCAUCUUGGACCGCACUGCCUCGCAUGACCGGAGCCCUCCCUCCGGCUCCGCAGCAGAACCUUAGGGUACCUAAUGGGUACCACUUUAGCUUUGGAGGCAACACCAGCCCAGGCUCUGGCGUCAGGGCACCCAGGUAUUACCAAGAGGCAGAGGAGAACGAAUGGUGCUAGCAUGGCUUUAAACCAAUCUUUUUAAUGCAUUUUUGAGAAACUGUGAUGAGUUUUAUCAUCUUCUUUGAAGGCUUUAGUUUACAUUGUGACUGUGUGCGUGUGUCUAAUGCUGUAUUUGAAACUUGGAGAGCUAAGGUUAGAAGAGAAAACGUCUAAACAGAAGGAACAUGAAUCCAUCGUCUUGAUCACAGGGCAGAGAGAGAGUCAGACGUCUGUGUCUGACUGGACUGAUCUUCAACUCUGCUUUGACUUCAGGGUAAAAUUUGACACCACCAUAACAACCCUCAUACUGCAUCACCAAACACAUAAUAUCCAUUUAAGAUCUUUUGACCUGACCAACAGAGCUAAUGAAUGUCAUUCGCAGUGACUUUAGUCAGGAAAUUGUCUGUGGAAUAAUUUAAUCUUUUUAGGUCAAAUAUCAACCCAACUUUUUCCGAGCAGAUUUAACAGGAUAUUAUGAUCAACACAUUUAAUUUAAAAUAAUAACUUAUAUUAAUCUUUAUGCUAUUUUAACAAAACAACUUAUAAAUGAUUAUUUGAGGGAAUUUCCCAAGGUGAUCAAUAAAGUUGAUUAUUUUAUUUAUUUAGUUUAUUUAAUCUAAUCUAGUAAAAUCAAAUCCACACUAUUCUAACCUCGACAAACCUAAAACACAAACAAAUACACAUUAACUCUAAAUGAAAUUAUGGUGGCAACAGUUAAUUCUAAAAAGUCCAAUUGGAAAUAAAUAGAUUUCCUUUAUGUUAAACAGGAAAGUUUUUAUUUUAUGUAUUGUUGUAUUAACAGACUGAUGGAAUGUCUGUAAUUUGUUGUCUCUGUCGACUCGUGUUGACAGAUUCAGGCCAGUCCACGUUCAGAUUCUUGGUUUUACCUGAACCUGUAGACCCGAUCAUUGCACAGACGAGUGAGGGUCAGAUGCAGAAAUCUUUGUAAACACAUUAUAAUGCCAGUAUCCCAAUGUGUUCAUCCUUUGUACUGAUGCUCAUCAUUAGACAACAUUAGACAACAAAGCAAUUACAACUUUUGUUCUUUAUGCAGCAUUAAAUAUAUCAAAAGCAUUUUCAUCCAGUCAAAACUAUGACAUCCUUAAAUGUUGCUUUAAUUCUCCAACAGUUUAGUUGUGGAAAAGUCUAACAAAAUAGUUAUUUUUCAUAUACUAUGUAAAUCUUUAGCCGUCAUGAGCACCAUCUCUUUGCUCUGCGUCGACACUUGAUUUUAAAUGAUCAGAAUGAAAUACUGUGGCGAUAGCCUUGAUGAAAGAGUCAUAUUUGUGAAGCUGUUCAUUUUUCUAAGAAAACAAAAUAAAGUUAUGCUUUCACACAUCAGGGUGACUAUGGUGGUGGCAACAUGAAGUGAGAAACAGAAUGAAGAUGGUGUCUGUUGUACAGUUCAGUGAAGUCACCACGUCUGUGGUGUUCUUUAGUUUAGAACGGCGUUAUUCUAUGGUUAUACCUAAUCCUUAAUGACAUUCCCUCGUGUGUUGGGCAGAUGAACAGGCAGCAAGGAUUGUUUAUCUGUCUUAUAUUACAAUACUUGCAAAGUUAAAGAGAGAUCCCCAAUCUCCUGACUGACCAAUUUAUUUUAUAAUAUACAUAUAUGUAUGUAUAAAUAUAUACCUAUAUAAUAUAUAUACAUAUAUAUACAUAUACAAUACAUAAAAAAAGAUCAAGUAGAUUUUUUUUGUGCAUUUUUUUUUACAAUAGAAAAAAAACUGUUGUGUGAACUGCUUCCGAUUUUGCAAUUGUUUCAGGUCUAAUGUUUCUUACAGACUUCUCUGCGAUGUUUUAAAACAAGUGCCUAUCCUUUUAGAUAUACUGUAGAGAAAAAAACAGUAACUGUUUUCUAAUGCAUCCACACAUGAGUAGCUGUUUGGUUCACUCUGUAUGUAGCUCUGCAGAAAAUUGCAAAAACCCUUGUCUGUGAUGGAGACGAUAACCUACAGCACGCUUAAAAAAAAAAAAACCCUUAAAACUGAAGUUAACUAUAUUUCUUUCUUGUUUCUGAUAUAAAAAGUGUAUAUGGAGCAGUGUUUUGGAAAAUACUAUUACAACUGCAUAAAUGUAUGUAUCCAGUGACAUUGAGGCCAAUGAGACGUUGUGCAUGUUCAGAUGUUAGAGCAGGUUAGAGCUUUUUUUUUAAAUGCCUUUUUUUGGAAACAAUGUCUCAGUGUGACCUCUAGUCUUACUUUACCUGCUCAGAUAAAACUAAUGUCUGUGCACUUUCUGACCACAGUAGCAGGUCGGAAGGACAGGACCUCAUAUGUGUGUGUGAUUGUGUGUGUGUCUGUGUGUGUGAAACAUAAAUAUCAAAUUCAAAAUCAAAUUUUUAUUUUAUUUAUUUAUUUAUUUAUUUGAGGGGAGGAGAGGGAGGUUCUGAAGUUGGGUUUCAUGAGUUACUAAUACAUUGGCUCUUUUGUACUUACGGCUAACUCAUCACACAGUGCAGUGACUGGUAUGUGCAUGGUCAUGGCAGACAUUUAGUGUGAAAACCACAGCUUUCUGAACUGUUAGACAAUGACAUUUGAUUGUUGACUAUGCCACAUAUGAAAAAAUGAGACAAAUUUGAUGUUACGUUCUCUAGUCUGGACAUAAUCUGUAUAGUCUUUUAUUAUAUAGUUGUUGAAAAGCAUAAUAAGAUCAUGUAUUUGUUGUUCUUGGUAUUUAGCUGAAGGCCAAUCUUAUAGAAUUUGGGAUCUAAUAGCAGCUUUAGCUCAUGAUAACACCAAAUAUUUUCACUAUUUUGUCCUUUUGCUUGUUGACCGGCGUUUCCAACUUCUAGGUUGUAGACCGUUCACUAAUCCACAUUAUGGACCAUCCCAGGGCCUUGAACUGCAUUUUUAGCUACUGAGAACGAAGAAACUGCUGGUUUUGUUUCCCCUUAAUGGUUAGAUUUGUAUCUUUGAGGGAGAAAAAAUUGUUCUAUGUCAUAAGACAAUGCAUUGAACUUUUAAAGGGAAGCAGAAUACGACCGACUGCUCUACAGUGCAGUAGUGUAAAGUGAUUAUUUCAUCUAUGAACGUUGGUGCAGGGAGUGAGGGCUUUACAGAUGUCAGUUUUCAACACAGUACAGACACAGGAAUGAAGUCAAGUCGAUUCUAUUUGAAUAGCCCGAAUUCGCAAAACACAUUUGUCUCAAUGGAUUUUACAGUUUAAAAUAAAGUCAAACUUAAAGUGUCAAUUUAACACAUGGGAAAGAAAAGAGUGGAGGAAAUAGACAUAGGACAAGCGUAGAUGUACAGCCCUAUAGGGGUAGAGUGGAAAAAAAGGCAGCGACAUUGUUCCUAACACAGGCUAAGAUAGUAGGCACUGCUGGAUUAGGGUAUUAGUUUGAAUAAUUGCAAUGACAACUAAUGGACAAUGUAGUCAGUAGCUCAUACAAUCUCACUUCAAAAACCCCCAAAUUCAUAUGCACUGAUAUUUAUUGGCAUAUAUGCAUCAAAUUUCUGGUUCUGUGGUAUUUGUUUUUGUUUCUCCUGUUUUCUCUCUCUUUUUCUCUCUCUUUCUCUGUCUCUGUUUCUCUGGUGUGUGUGUGGAAAGCAAAAACUGUUGAAAUUCUAGCGGCCCCUGUCUCAUGGAGCCUGACAGCAGGAACUGUUCCGAUAGUAGACACUGUUCCAAAGAGACUGAUGUCCAAAUCUUAAAAAGGUUUCCUUUUUUCCUAAUUGCCAGUUCGUGCAGAUAGCAAAAUACUUACUGUAAAAAAGACAUUGUAAAAAAGGGUAUUUUCUUUGUAUGACAAGAACAUUUUGCUUGCAGACUUGUCUGUAAAAGCAGUAGGAAUAACCCAGUCAAUAGAAAGGCUCAUAAAUAUGGCACUAAAACAUUGAUAUUCAUCCACAACUCCAAAACCUGAACUAUCCCUAUGUUGUUAUCAAACAUCAACUGUAAUCCUUAAAUCUGGGUUGGGACACGACAAACAGGUUAAGACUAACAAUGCUUUUAUGCUGGGACUUGAAGCAUGUUUGUGGAAACUUGCAUUCUGGGAAAAUAUGAGACUUUAAGUAAAGUACUGUAGGUGUCUAAAAUAAACAACAUGUAGCGAAGAGCGUUAAAAAGAAAUAGACAGAGCCAUUGGGUUCCAAAAGUGAAGCCUAGGAUCCAAAAAUGCUGUCAGAUUUAAAAACACUUGAUAAAGCCUGGUUGGUGUUGUCACAUCUUAGUGUUCACCUGGUGAGUUUGACAGACGGUCACUGUGUUUCACACUCACGCUGUCUCUGUCACUAAUCUGGGGAAAUCUCACUUGGAAAGAAACAGUAAUUUCAAAACUAAAGCAAUCCAGUUGAAUUCAACACCAUGCUGUCCACGUGGACUUGGUGGCUGUAGUGAUGUAACAUUAACUCCAGAAAACUAGCCUUUAUUUGGAAUCCUGAUGUCUAUAUUUGUUUCUUAUAUAAAGAGAAGUUCCAAGACAGACAACAACAACAAAAAAAAAAAAACUCCAGAAGUGAACUGAGAUGCUGGCUCCAGAUUUCUAACAAUGUUCAGGAGUGAUCUGGACACUGUUUCGGCCUGACUUCUUUUUUUGUUAUUGCUUACAGUUUUAAGAGACAUGUUCUCCAGCUGUUUGAGGUGUUGAAAAACAGCUUUCCACCAUUUUCCAUCUGUCACGACUGGGUGAAGAUACUCCAGUCUUAUAUUGUUGGGCUAAAUUCUCACACUCCAAUCUUAUUUAUAUUAUGCAAUUUCUUCGCAACACACACACACUUUAUUUAUGUCUUGAAGCUGCUGGUUGGACAGGACGUCUUCUUUAUGCAACAAAGACACAAUUUUGAGUAGCUUUCUCCAUGUUCUCAUUACGUUUAGGCUUCAUGAGCAUGAGUGUGACCAAAUGUUUUGUAGAAAAAUGACUUUGAAAGGUGUAAACAAAUGCAGACAAAAAAGAGACAAAAGGCACAAAGUGUAAACGGCAAGCAGAACUUUUAGGGUUACAGUGAAUUUCUACAUAAUAUAUUUGCAUGCAUAUUACAUUUACCCACUCUGACAUCACAACAGAAACUUUAAAUCUAAAAAAGGUUUUUAUAAAUUCACCUUAGCCAAUGUUAACACAUUAUUUUGCAGAAAAAAAAGAAAAUAUAAAUGACCUCUAUUGUUUUAAAAGUUUACUCCCAUGAAGGCAAAAAAAAAAAAAAAAAUCUUGGACCUUCCAAACUCUAUUGCCUGUGUGUAGCUUCAAGUACAGUGGACCCCCAAAGAAUGUGGUCUCCAACUACAUCUUUGUCCAAGUCUGGGUCAAUAGUAUAUAAUAUUAGAAGAGAUUCAAUUACUUUAUUCUGCAUUCUAUUGGCUAUUACUGUAUGUGUGUCUUACCUCGACAAACUACAAAAGUUUGCAUGUUCUAACGAUGUAUGUGCAUGUAGAGAACUUAGUACUUUUAGAUACUAUGUGUUAUUUUGUUGUUGAUUUUUUCAUAUUUGAUAUAAAUUGUGGGGUCUGCUGAAAGACUUCUUAUUUCUAUAAACAACAGUAUUGGUUGUGGUCAAUAGUUCCAUACGUGCAGCAGAGCUGGAACAUUCCUUUGUUUGGGCCUUGAGAUUCAGUGAAAUGUUUGUUUUGCCUGAUUUUAUGUUUCUUGGCCAAACUUUGAAUUCUGCUGUUGUUUCUACAUUAAACUUUUUGUAUGAAGCAAAAUA